GCUUCUCGUCGUCGCCCGGCUCCGCGAGCUGCGAGCGGCAAGAUGGCGGCGCCCAGGCCGCCGCCCGCCCGGCUGUCCGGCGUCAUGGUGCCCGCGCCCAUCCAGGACCUGGAGGCCCUCCGCGCGCUGACGGCACUCUUCAAAGAGCAGCGGAACCGAGAAACCGCACCGAGGACUAUCUUCCAAAGAGUCCUGGACAUCCUGAAGAAAUCCUCCCAUGCUGUUGAGCUGGCCUGCAGAGAUCCAUCCCAGGUACAACAUCUGGCCUCCAGCCUGCAGCUCAUAACGGAGUGCUUCAGGUGUCUUCGCAAUGCUUGUAUCGAGUGUUCUGCGAACCAGAAUUCCAUCAGGAACUUGGAUACAAUUGGCGUCGCUGUUGACCUGAUUCUUCUUUUUCGUGAACUGCGGGUGGAACAGGAAUCCCUGUUGACAGCUUUUCGCUGUGGCCUACAGUUUCUAGGCAACAUUGCCUCGCGGAAUGAAGAUUCCCAGUCUAUUGUUUGGGUGCAUGCCUUCCCAGAGCUCUUUUUGUCUUGCUUAAAUCAUCCAGACAAAAAAAUUGUGGCCUACUCGUCAAUGAUUUUGUUCACAUCCCUGAAUUCUGAAAGAAUGAAGGAACUGGAAGAAAAUUUGAACAUUGCCAUCGAUGUCAUUGAAGCUCACCAAAAGCAGCCUGAGUCAGAAUGGCCGUUCUUGAUUAUUACAGACCACUUUCUGAAAAGCCCGGAAUUGGUGAAAGUGAUGUAUGCCAAAAUGAGCAAUCAAGAAAGAGUUACAUUGUUGGACCUCAUAAUUGCGAAAUUAGUGGGGGAUGAGCCACUGACCAAGGAUGACAUCCCCGUUUUUCUGAGCCAUGCCGAGCUGAUCGCAAGCACUUUUGUGGAUCAGUGCAAGAUGGUGCUAAAAUUAACCUCCGAGCAGCAUGCAGACGACGAGGAGGCGUUGGCCACAAUUCGGCUUCUCGACGUCUUGUGUGAAAUGACUGCUAAUACUGAUCUGCUCAGCUAUCUGCAGGUUUUUCCUGGCUUGCUGGAAAGAGUGAUUGAUCUUUUACGACUGAUUCAUGUAGCUGGCAAUGACGCCGCAAACAUCUUCAGUAGCAGUGGGCGUGUAAGAGCAGAGGGGGACAUCUCAAAUAUGGCCGAGGGGUUUAAGUCUCAUCUCAUUCGUCUGAUUGGAAAUCUGUGUUACAAGAAUAAAGACAACCAAGACAAGGUCAAUGAGCUGGACGGCAUUCCCUUGAUCCUGGACAGCUGCAGCAUCGACGACAGUAACCCCUUCCUGACCCAGUGGGUGGUGUAUGCCAUCCGAAACCUUACCGAGGAGAAUAGUCAGAACCAAGAUCUGAUUGCAAAGAUGGAGGAGCAAGGGCUGGCGGACGCAUCCCUCCUUAAAAAGAUGGGUUUUGAAGUUGAGAAGAGGGGUGACAAGCUGAUUCUGAAACCUACUAGUGACCCACCUCCACUGUGAAUGAACUCUCCUUCGAAAACCUGAAUUUUGGGAAUCUGUUUCCUGGAUUUUUCGUCUUCUGCAGUAUGUGAAAUUGCAAGUGUUUGAAGAUGUAAGUGCAAAUUCAGGAACACAUGAAUCCUUUAGAUAAUGGAGUUUAAGGUGGAUAAGCUCGAAAGUGAAAGUACAUGAGUGUUCUGUUGUUUCGUUGCUUUAGAAACUGUCUGGUUUGCCUUUGUCCCCAUGGAUACAGUGUGCAUUUAAGUAAUAUAUUGUACUUACCGUGGCAACAGAUAAUAAAUUCUUCUCCUCAAGGGUGCAUCCCUUAUUUGGCAAAGAGUGGAGCAUUUGAUUGGAUUCCAUUUGUUCCUUCAGAUGGCGAAUCAGCCUGACUCCUUUUCUUCUCUGCUUGCUGGGUUUCCUGCACUCUGGCAGGCGGUUGAAGUAAUCUCUCACUGUGAUGAGUUCUAGCAAUCUCUUUUCACCCUUUCUGCCUCUCCAAAACAUUGACAAGACUCAUUUCCAGCUAAUUAAUUCGAGAGGUGCUGAAGAAUGGAGAAGCUCGCUCUUCAUUUUAGGGACUGGGCUGUGCUGUCACUGAGCCCAGGGCCCUUUGGAACGUUGCAGGGAGUGAGCAGGGGGAGAGUGUGCGGGCCAUUAACUCUUCUCUUUCCAAAUCAUCCGGGGAAGAGACCUCCCAGACCGUUGUGCUCCCAGGGGGAAUGCCUGCCUCUGACCCACUUUCAUGCCUCUGUAAACGGGACUGUCUGUGCAGGACCACGGGAUUAAAGAGCAUCCGUGUCUUGUUCACUUUCAAAGGCACAGUCUCGUAAAGGAUGCCACUCCAGUGUCAGCCACGGCUCCGCUUUCUGGAGUUGCAAAAGUAGCUUUGGGGAGCGGGAGUAAAUUUGACCUGUAUCUUUCUAUUUCUGUCUCUCUCCCUCCCUCUCUGUCUCUCUCUCUCUCUGUCUCUCUCUCUCUCUCUAUAUAUAUAUAUAUACACUCAUAUUAGAGCUGGAGCUGGAUUAAACGAGCACUGGAAUCUUAGAUCAUUGAUGUAACCAACAAAAGCUCUAAAAGGGAGGUCAUGUGUGAACAUUCCUGAACAGCCAGUUACUAUAAGCUAUCUAGAGAUUUUGCGCAGUUCCUGUUGAAUCUUCCAAAAUAAAAACAACAAAGAUUCAGCCAGAAGUGUUACAGAAAUACUGAUUGUUCCAGAGUAAAGUGCUUUUAAGUUUUUUUUUGUAGCCAUACUUAAAUUACUUUUGUAAAAACGGCUUAAGCAUGUUCAGAGUGAAAUAAAAGUUGUCCGCUGUGCUAAUGUACUAUUUCUGAAGGAACGUCAGCUUCUGGAAUUGUGGUGAUCUGUGAAUAACAUUUUUUUUCUCUCAUUUAUGACAUUCCACCAGUAAAGAAGCCUUUGCAAAAUUUAAAAUG